AUGAAAGACAUGAAAAGGAAUUUGAAGAAGGGUACGUUUCCAACCAUUUGGAAAAAAUCCUCUCAAACACUAUCAAAGCGGAGUCGACGAUCGGUGAGUGAAAUUACAAUGUAUUUGCACUGUGCUUAUCACCAUUAUAUUUAUUUCCCCAUUUACCUGUGACAUGAUUUUUUUCUGACAUCGUUGUUCAAUAUUCGUGUAAUGAAUGCUCUGACUAUUUGGACUUCCCAUAUUGUCGCAUUUGUUUUCAUACUUUUCUGCUUUCUUCUCAUAGUUAUAGUAAAACGGGCAUUUGCGCUGAGUGGACGUGAAGUCAAUUCCCCAAUUCCCAGACCUUUCCACUCAAGCGUAAAAUUUAGAAAAAGUGAAGCUACAUAGAAAUCCGGCUCUCUAUUUUUUGAGAGAUUAUCUUGCUGUUACUUUGAGAUUUGACAGUACUCCAAACUUCCCUCUAAGAAAUCUUACAGGAAAUUAAGAGUUACACGCGAGUCUUUUAAAACGACCAAAAAUGGACUUAGUCUGAUUUGUACAUUCUAUAAGUUCAGUUACUGUUUGCGGGUUUUUUUUCGUUUCUAUUUUAAUUCUCUUUUCACUGUCUGCAAAUGAUGCAUGCAUUUUAAGGCGAAGAUGUGGUUAACCUUGCUUCCAUUUCUAGUUUUGAAAACAUCGACAUAAAGCUCACAUUUAAACUUGUUUUGAAGGGGAGAUAUAAAAAAUGGUCGUACCUAUUUUCAUUUUUAGCUACUAAAUGAAAUUCUGGCUGGUCAAACUACUAAUGAGGAUACAGAGGAAGAAGACAAUCCUGAGGAAGAGGUGAUCUCUUUGAAAGGAAGUUCUGCACCUGAGGAGAGUGCUGACACUAUGGGGGCUCCCAAUCUCAACCCUGAGGAGUCUCCAGAAGUCGAGGGUGUUCUGAAUACAAGUCAGGGUUCUUUGCUUGAGGUAAAUCCUGAAAAGGAGGGUUGCAUCCCUGAGACUGAGACGGGUGAGAUAAGUGUUGAUGCUGAGAUGGCUUCAGAGGUCCUAGGUACUCCUGGUGAUAAGACAGCUCUCGAGAGCCAAGGGAUUUCAGGCACUGAUGAGGUUACUGAGACCAUGCAGAUCCUGGAGGCUCAGGGAAUCGAAAAAGUGCAGGAUAUGGAUGAAGUUAUGCAGAUUGACGAAUCAUUAACGAUUCCUGAACUUGAACAGGUUUCUAUGGUAGGCGCAUAACUCUAAUUAAUGUUUAUUUGCAUCAUUGUAUUAUCAUAACAAUGGAAAACUACAUGUGCAGUUAUUUUACAACAAUACUAAAACACAAAAAUUCUAAAGUCGUGUUAUUACAGCCUGUAUUAAUGUUGAAAGUUUGUUUUUUGUAGGAUACUCCAACUGGACAUGCUGGGAAUUGCACAACAUGCAAAACCCUGAGGAGUGAGGUGACUCAGUUAAGGGGCAAAGUCACAAGACUGAGGAGUAAGUUAAUCUCCAAUCAAGAUCAGUGGGUGGACACCUUUAAGAGCAUACAAGAGCCGAAGCAGUUGCUGAUGGUGAAUGCUGGUGAGUCAACAAUAAUUGAUGUUGAUGAGUCAUAUAGGCAUAACUGCCUAUCUUUAUAUUUUUAUUACAUUUUAUCAAUAUUUGAUUAUUUAAUAAUAAUUAACAUUUUAAUGGUGAUACAAUUUUUUUCAUUCCAUUUGUUUAAGCUAUUCAAACUGAUCCAUGGCCAGUAACAAAUGAGACAGAGUUAGGACUAGAGGAUGAAUCAGAAGAUGAGCAGGAAAUGCAGGACGACGCGUAUAAGGAGUUUGAGUGUGAUGAAGACCCUACAUGGAGUCCUGAAGAAAUCGAAGAUGCAUAUAAAAAACUAAAGGAAGAUUAUGACUCAGUGAAGACUCAUCAGAACCCAAGGUACAAAGAUGCAAAAUUUAUUGCAUUUUAACAUCUUAGCUCUAAGUAUCCUCUGGGAAGUUAUUUAGGCCUAAAACUAACUUCCAUUAUGAGAGGAUCUAUUUAGAAACAAGAGUACAUGAAAUUUGUUUUUUAAUUUACUCAGAUAAGAAUUGCAAAAAAAAAAAAAAAGAGGCAUAGCCAGCCCAUAGACUGGAAGUCCCAGGCCUAAAAAUGUUUGGUUUGUCCACUCAACCACUUGUAAUAAAUUAUGCAUCGUUGGGGUGGGCUAGAUAUCUUAAGGGCUCAAAGUUGUCAUGUGUGCAACCAACAGAUUUAUUAUAAAAAAGCAUUUUUCAGGAUGUAUGUGAGAAUAAAAUCCCAACCCACAAUUAGCCAGGUUUACAACAAGUUGAAAAACUUCAACACCCUGAGAAAAACAAUAAAAAUGAUAAUCAUUUUUUUAUUGUUAUUUUAUUAUUUCAGAUGCUAUGAUUAAAUGAGUAUUUCCUUUCAAUCAUUUUUUACAGGUUGGAUCUACAAGGCAAAAACAUUCGAGAGGAACCGAAGGGAAUUGUUUUACUUUCCAAACUUCUUCUUUUGUUUCAGUUCUGCCACUUGUGCUUCUUUUCAAAACCCAAACUUUCUGUAUCACAGACAGGUACCUUGUUAACCGUAGAAAGUUUCUGCAGAAAUUGUAGCCAGACAAAAGUCUGGAAGAGUCAACCAGACCUGCUAGGAAAGUUUCCAGCAGGUAACCUGCUAUUAAGUUUUGCAGUGCUCUGUGAGCCGAGUGAAAAGAAAGAAACGAUACAUUAA